AUGUCGAGCGCCCUGUUCCGGGGGUCGUUGGACCCUACAGUCAUCCACCGGUCAGUUCCCAAGACUCGCCCGCCGCUGCACCAGACAUUCCACCCAAUCGACGAGGCGACGGGGGCGCUGACGCCGCCUCCCUCGCCCCCGGAGAAUGUCGGACUCUUCCACACGACGGGCUCCAAUACCGAGUCCAGCAAGGCCAGCAACGGCAACAGCCAUGCGCACCACCCCAGCAACCCCAGCAAGACGCCCAACGAGUCGACGGGCAAGACGUCGGUAGACUCGCACAAGCUCAAUAGCAACAGCACCGGCCAUAGCAACAGCAAUAACAUAAACGCCGGCUCAUCGGAGAAGAAACACGGCCACGCCUACUACCCCCCAUCUCCGCGUGCCAGACAAGGGGCAACGACGCGGCACAAUGUGGCGGCACGGUCCAGCCCAGACAGCAACCUGACGACGAUCCAGGAGACGGUGCUGGACCAGAUAUGUCCGAGCGUGGUGACGGUGGAGCGGGCAGCGGCGGCCAAGAUCUUCCUCGAGACACACUUCAACGAGCUGCUGGCGUCGGGGGCGAGCCCGCGGUUGCUGCGGCUGGACAAUUUCGAGACGCGGCUCGCUGGCAUGAGGCGCGAGCGGCUGCUCGGCGAACAGGAGCGGGUGCUCCGGGCGCAGUUCUACCGCCGCGAGAGCGCCCACCUGCGCGAAACGCGCGUCAUGAAGGCGCGCAGCAUCCGCGCCCGCCACGCGCCGCGCGGCACCCCGGCCGCGUGCCUGGUUAACGACUACGAGGUGCUCAAGAUUCUGGGCAAGGGCAGCUUUGGCGUGGUGCGACUGGUGCGCGAGAAGAAGAAGACGGCGGUGUUGGCUGACAGAUGGCCGGAUCGAGAUUACAACGGCAGCGGCAGCGGCAGUGGCGACGGGGACCCGAGGCGCCAGGUGUAUGCCAUGAAGGUGAUCCGCAAGUCGGACAUGCUGCGCACCAGCCAGGAAGGGCACCUCCGGGCCGAGAGGGACUUUUUGGUGGCGUCGGAGGGGUCGAUGUGGAUUGUGCCGCUCAUCGCCAGCUUCCAGGACGCGGCCAACCUGUACCUGGUGAUGGAGUACAUGCCGGGCGGCGACUUCCUGGGGCUGCUGAUCCGCGAGAACACGCUGCACGAGUCGGUGGCGCGCUUCUACAUGGCCGAGAUGGUUGUGUGCGUCGAGGCGGCGCACGCGCUGCAGUGCAUCCACCGCGACAUCAAGCCCGACAACUUCCUGAUCUCUGCGUCGGGCCACCUCAAGAUCGGCGACUUUGGCCUGGCGUUUGACGGGCAUUGGUCGCACGACACGACGUACUACAGCAGCCACCGGUACAGCCUACUGCGCAAGCUGGGCAUCCAGGUCGAGGGCGACGCGCAGGACCGCGCCGAGGGCCGCAGCCUGCAGGCGACGAUGCGCUGGACCAACAACGUCAUGGCGGGCAUGGAGAAGCACGACCGCGACGAGGACGCGGCGGCGGCGACGGCAGAGCCCCUGCUUAACUGGCGCAACCGCUGCGGCAACCGCACGUCGGCCAUGAGCGUGGUGGGCACGAGCCAGUACAUGGCGCCCGAGGUGGUCGAGGGCCGCAAGUACGACGGCCGCUGCGACUGGUGGAGCGGCCGCCACGUCACCAAGCAGAACAUUCUGCGCCACAAGGAAACGUUUGGCUUCCCCCAGCGCUCCAACGUGUCGCGCGCCGGCCGCCACCUGAUAGCGUCGCUGAUCGAGGACAAAGAGCACCGCCUGUGCUCUCCGCGGUACCGGAAAAAGGACAGGGGCAGGGACGUUGCCGCCGGCGAAGCCCCCCGCGACCUAGCCGGGCGGUACGUGUUUGCCAACGACGCCGAGGAGAUCAAGGCGCACAAGUGGUUCCGCGGCGUGCCGUGGGACCGGCUGCACGAGCUGGAGCCGCCGUACGUGCCGCGGCUGUCGGGGGCCGACGACACGCGCUACUUUGACGAGGAGGAUGACAUUAGCGACUGGAGCGAGAGCGACGACAGCGACGGCGAUGGCGACGGCGGCAGUGUUCGGGGAGAGGGGGUUAGCACCAGCGACCCGACGUUCCAGCCGCCGCCGCCUCCUCCUCCUCCUCCUCCGCCGCCUCCUCCGCCGCGCGCAGCCAUGAGCAAGGCGCAAGCCACCGAGGCCGCGCAGCAGAGGGUGCUGGCGGGGCUCAGCCGCAGUGCACAGAAAUGGGCGCUGGCGGCCAUCGCGGCGCCGUACGACGCGACGCGGCUGCGGGCGCUGGACGCGCAGAUUGACGGCAUAGCGGUCGGAACUGCCACGGGCGGCGGCAUGACGGCGACGGCCGAGGAGCGGGCGGUGCUGCGGCAGUUUGUGCGGCAGUUUGGCCGGCACGAGCGCAAGCGACCGCGCGACAGGCUGCUGCGCGACGGCGCCACGCGCCGCGUCGUCAUGGAUGUGCGCAAGAAGACGGCCUUUAUGGGCUACACGUGGCGGCGCAUG